CACAGGUGUCUUGAUUCAGUGUGUGUCUCCUGUGAAGUGGAUCUUUUGUUCUUAUCUGAAUGCAUCUCAACGCCAACCCGGGUGACCUCUGACCUUCGGGCAUCUGUUGGGGCUUGUCUAACGGCCCGUACAGCAUCACCACCGACGGCUGCGACAGGCUGGGCAGACUGUCUGUCAAAACUGCAUUUUAAAAUCUACUCUGCAGCAGACAUCCCUGGUCUGGCUCCAGGCCCCACAGAGCCAAGAUGUUGAAAACCAGCAGUUUGACCUCUUCCCAGUCCCUGGACCCUAAAACCUCUAUUCUGGACAGGGAAGAAGUGCCGUUAACCUGACAAAACAGAUAUAUGACUGGCACUGUGUAAUAUUUGGAUGGAACUGGCUGAAGGGGGUCAGCAAGCUUCUCCUUUCCUCUGUCGCCCCUUCGGAGCGAGACGGUUUUAUCCAUCUUGAGAUCAGAUACAGAUAAAGGCCAUCAAACCAACAUUCCGAUCUGAACUGAGAUCCAGCUCAUUUUAUUGAAUGUCCGAAGCAAUGUGAGAAUAAUGUUAAAAAUGUCUAUGGUGUAUUUCAUGUUGUUUAUUUCAGGUAAUUUGAUCAAAUUCCAACACUGUACAGAUUUAAUGAAAGCUAAUUUGAGAUUUCAGAAGUCUGUAUUCUAACGUGAAUCUACACAUUUGCCCUUUAAACAUUGACAUUUUUUUAUUUCUCUUACCAUGUAUCUGCAUGCAUUUCAAAAUUUUAGUAAUGUUUAUUAAUGUUAUAGUUCAUAACACUCUUAUUCAAAUGACUUCAAAUGUUGUUUAUACUGAUCCUUCAGUGGUUGCGUACAGAUGAUCUACAUUUGUGUUAUUCACUUUGUGUCUUGCAUUGUUUAAUCUUUUUGUUUUCCCUACAAUGAAUGUUAUUUGGUCAUGAGGGAGAUAUAAUAUGUGACCUCACCCUCUAGACGUUCCACAAUUAGACAAAGCAGAAUCACUACUUCUCCUCCAAAAGAGAAGAUCAGAGUGUGACAGCCCCCAGGCACGUCCACCCGAACCCCUCGGCUGAAAAACAGUGGUUACACACACACUCAGGACACUUUCAUACUUCAUCAAUUCUUGUGACCUACACUUCAACCUUAUUAUUUUUGCACUUUUACCUAAUUCCAAACUCAUCUCUGAAGCUUAGUUAAUAUAGCAUGUAUUCUCCUAUAGAGAUAGUUCCCCCAAAAAUCUUAAUUCCCUGAUUAUCUACUAACGCCUAUGCCGACAGAGUUGUCGGGUGAAAUGUUUCAGUCAACAAAACACUUUUUGAGUUUCAGGGGUAAAACAGUGUUGCUGCCAAAUCCAAAACGAUUGAAGUCCAUAAGCCCCACAUUCAAAUUUGACCCGAAAUUGCAUCAUUUACACGGUUCUUGGCCUAAAUUUCUGCUCUGAUCCUCCUAGUAACUGCUGCAGUAACUGCAGUUAUCGUGAGUUCUUGCGAUACUUACGAGUUCUCAUGAGACAACAUCAGCGACAACUGCAUGAGGAGAAUGUGUGUGCGACAAUGUGACACACGUACACGUUCACACACAAGAACGACACCUCAUUGUUUUAAUUAGCAUGACCACAAACAACAUCCUCUAUAACAUUAAGGCUUUAUAAUGUCAACACCCAUGAAUGUUGUUAUCUGGAUGAUUAUGUUAAAGUCACACUUGCCAAUGCUUCUUCCUGCUGAACUAGAUUUUAGUGUAAUUAAGCCUUGGUUAAGAGUAUAUAAGCCACAGAGAUCAGAUGGGAUGUAGGACAGCAGCUCAGCUGAGAUAUCAUAUAGAAGUUCAGUGCUGCAGAGUCUCACAAACUCAGAGACAACAUGAGAGCUGUCGUAGCCUUCUUGCUGCUGCUUUGUAGCCUAGCUGUCAGUCAUGGUAAUGGUCGUGGUAUGAUGAGUAUGUCUGGUCGUGGAAGUCCUCAUCGUCCUGGUCCUGGUCUUGGUCCUCGUCCUGGUCCUGGUCCUGGUCUUCUUCCUUGUCCUAGUCCUGGUCCCCGUCCUCGUCCUGCACCUGUCCGGAGGAACUGCAGGGAGGGUCCUCGGCUGUAUGGCGCCAUGCAGAUUGAUGCUGGAAUGGGCCAAGUGGUUGUAGCAGACAAGUACAAACGGACGUACUUCCUCAGUGGACUUACCUUCUACAGACUGGGCAGACUGGGCAUGAAGCAUGUCACAGUGGGAGCUGGGGGAUUGUGGGGAACUUGCCAUACCAACAAGGUGUACAAAUAUGUGGCUGGAGACUUCAAACUUGACAAAGGUCUGUCUAUGCACCAGGUGGAUGCUGGCGGUGAUGGUCAGAUUGUUGGAGUAGGAUCCGGCAGCUAUAACGCCUACUGUCUGAAAGAGGAGACAGCUUCGGGCUUCUGUGGACGACGCACCCUGAGCUGGACUUCUCUCUCAAGAAAGAUGAUGUACUACAGCUGUGGCCCAAGGAUGGGAUGCUGGGGAGUCGACAAACGUCACAGGAUCUGGAUCACAAAGAAUAUAUCACCAACCAACUGCCGCACUAGUGGCUGGACAGCCGUGCCAGGGCCAAGAAGGAAAAUGAUUGAAGUGUCGUCAGACGGGAAGGUUUACGGCGUGACGACAACUGGCAGGAUCUACGAAAGGUAA